AUGUCCGUGAACUUGCUCAGCAGAAGGAAGCGCUGCAAGAAAAGGUUCGGGCACUCCAAAAACUGCAAAAGUACCGGUGAAGACGAAGUACAGCUCGAGAAACUGGAUAAAACGCAAGAGGUGCUCCAGAAGGAAUACUGGUAUCAGGAGUGUGAGCUUCACAAGUGGCAAAGCAGCAUUCCCGGUGGCCCUAUGAAACUUGCCUAUGAAUCAUUAAGAAAGAAUCCGAAAUGGUAUAUGCAAAAUGAACUGAUCAAGGAUUGUGCUGGGAGAGGUGGUUGCUGCGGGCGUGAAUGCGGAUGCUGCGAGAAACGCGAGUCUACUCCUGAAAAAAGUAUGGGAGCCGGUCACUGCACUACUGGGUGUGCAUGCUGCUCGAGCUUCCGAGGAUGUGAGCUCACUGCACAAGAGAAGAAGAAUAUCAGAGAUGCUCUGAGAGCGGCCCUCAAGUAUUCAAAUAGUGCUUAUCUUCUCUCAAUGUCGCGUGCUUACAUUAUAAGGGACCGGAAACUUUCCGACACGUUUGUUUUCCCACGCGUUCCCGACAAUUGUCGGGAAGAAAGUGCCACGGUUACUGCUGUGACAGGAAUAUUCUUUCCCUUUGAUCGAGUGGUCUGGCUGUUGCUGGCGACAACUGAACCAUUCUGA